CACUUCUGCCGCAUUUGGAGAAUUGUGUAUUCAGUCCUUCUCCUUGCCGUCCUCACCGGCCCCACGCUCGGCUCGCCUUAGGCACCCCCCCCCCCCCCCCGGCGCCCGCCAUGGCGUUCUAGAGGCGGCAGCGUCCGCGGCAGCAUCGGCCCUUGCAGCGGCGGCGGCAGCAGCUCCGGGCUCUGCAGCGGCAAACUCCAGCGGCGAAGCCAUGGCGUUUUUCACGGCAUUCAGCAGCAGCAUUGCUGUCAUCCAAGAAAAACAAACCCAAGACUACUCUGCCCUCCUGAAACUGACGAAAGUCCGACAACAUGACCGAGAUGAGCUUCCUCAACAGCGACUUGUUGUGGGGGGACUUGUUGUCCCCCUUCAACCAGUCGGGUUUGGGGGCUGAGGAAAGCCUGAGCCCCUUAGAUGACUACCUGGAGGAGGCCAAGCCCUUCAAAUCGCAUGGGUUCUCCAGCGACAAGGCUAAGGCAGCCUCUUCUGAUUGGCUGGCUGUGGACAGUUUAGUUACUACCACAGACUUUGGCAAGGAGGAUGCCUUCUCGGGCAUGGAUUGGAUGGUGGAGAAAAUGGAUCUGAAGGAGUUUGACUUCGAUGCCCUCCUGGGUAUGGAUGACCUGGAAUCCACCUGCUCUGAGCUUAUGGCCACGUUGGAAGACUCUUGUGAUCUAUUCGACCCCUUGGCAACUAAUGAUAAAGAGGCCCCUUUAACAGUAAAUUCAAUUGGCCAAUUCCCAGAAACUACACUUGAAGCUGAUCAUGUUGCCCCCCUCCCCUCCCAUCAGUCUUUUCCCCUUUCUCUGAGGGCCCUGACCUCCACUCCAGACCAUUCUUUUAGUUUAGAACUAGGUAGUGAAGUGGAUGUCUUGGAAGGAGACAGAAACCCAGAACUUGUUUAUAUGAUGAUGCCCAAGGGUAUCAAAGAAGAAGAAGCUCCUUCAGAUAAUGAUAGUGGAAUUGGGAUCUGCACAAGCCCCGAGUCUUAUCUCAGUUCUCCCCAGCAUAGCCCCUCUACUUCCAUGGGCUCUCCUAAUGAGAGUCAGCUCUGUUCCGAUCCCAUCAUGUUUCUCUCUGCCCAUCCUAAGCCAUACGACCGCCCCCUUGAGGACAAAAAAGAGAAAAAGGUAGAUAAAAAGUUAAAGAAAAUGGAGCAGAAUAAGACUGCUGCCACACGUUAUAGGCAGAAAAAAAGGGCAGAGCAGGAGGCAUUAUCUGGGGAGUGCAGAGAACUAGAACAGAAGAAUGAGGCUCUGAAGGAGAAGGCAGAUUCUCUAAGCAAGGAGAUCCAGUAUUUGAAGGACUUGAUAGAAGAGGUCCGGAAGGCUAAGGAGAAGAGGAAAAGCACUUAAGUUGUUGGGUAGUCAGAUUCUUUGUCUUUGUGUGUAUAUAGGAGUCUUGUGCUGUGUUCAUUCAAUAAAUUAUUUUGUAGUAAAAGUGUAA